AUGAGUGUGAGUGGAGAUGGAAACACACUAAAACUAGAGGUAAGCAGGAAAUGUGGAAAAGAUAAUUCAGUAUGCAAUUGUCUUCCUAAGCCUGCUGGCAUAGAAGCCAUUAAGGAUUCUAAUCCUCUUAACGCUACAGGCUUUGUUGCCCUUACCCAUUCCAACAAGGGAAAAACAUUCACUCUACUCAAAAGUCUAGGUGAUGAAGAGGAGCUAGGUGAGGAACUACAAGAUGGACCAAUCGGCGGUGUUAAGGAAGUCUCAGUUUACUAUUGGGACCAAGAUAAGGGUUGUGAUACUCCACUUCUUCUGAAAAUUACUAAACAGGAUCAUGUUACACCACUAUAUUACCUAAAAUAUGAGAGAGGUGAGGCCGGAACUUCUGACACACAUAUCUGGAAGGAAUAUACCCUUUCCGGAGGGAUAUCCCUACAAGCCUUAUUGGAUGAUAGGAAUCUAGGCAGAAGCAACCGCAUUCCUCUCUAUCUUAAUGAACCUGAGAAGCCUCUAGAUGUGCAGUCCGAUAUUGCAAAGAGUGUAAGUAUACAACUUGUUCCACAUACUCCUCAGCUUACAGAGACAGAUUACAGGGUUACCGAAUAUAAGCUUAAUGGCCAAAACGGUACUAGAUUUUCUAGAGUAAUGCUGGAUAAAAAUAGGGUAAAUGGUAUUAAGAUUCCAGAUGAGGCAAUUUCUAGCGUCAAGCUUUAUUCUUCCAUGGAGAUAUCUGAGGUUCCCAUAAUGCUCCAGUUCAUAAAGGGUGGAGGAAAUUCUGAAUGGUUUCAUACUCAAGGUGGAAAUGGUACCCAAUGGGGAGAGCUUGAAAGUACUGGUAAUUUCUAUAAGGAUGGCAAACCUACUGAAGAACUCACUAAUAAACUAGAUGGAUUUGCUUGUGAACAUCACAAUGCAAUCACUAUGGAUAUUUCAUAUGACAAGUCUACGGGAAAAGGUCAGACUUGUUCUGGUAGUAAGGAGGAGAAGAUUUCUGUCGAGAAAGGAGAAGUCAAACUAGAUGGCACCAGAAAAACAGAGUAUACAAAAUACUCCAUUACAAGCGAUAACAAGUUGGCUAAUAUAAAAUUUUAUCCAGGUGGUAACAAUCAGAAUAGAAAGAAGGUAUCUGCUAGAGCAUUAAACUUUCCUGUUCCUGGUCCAGUGGAUAUCUACACAUUCUACUCUGAUAAAAAUGAUCCGGUAUUAAUAUAUCUUGACGCCUCUGGAAGUGCAAAAUCCCAGGUCACAGGCUGGUACAGAAAGCAAAGAAAUGGUGGUGACAAAAAACCAUGGAAGAGGACCUAUCGCAAACUUCAGCAUAUUAAGAAACAGGAUUUAGAUGAUCACACCCUUGAGUGCACUAAAUGGAACGCACUAGCAGACAUAUUAAGAGAACGUAGUACUAGUGACUUACCAACUUGUUCUGAACCAACUGCACGUUCUGGAGAACAAGGAUCCCAAACUGAGGAAGGGAAAGAAGACUCCAAGGAAGACGAUGAAUCUAGUGAUGAAGAAUCUGAAAGGGUUGAAGCUGAGGAAUGUAAGGAAGAGAAGAAAGACUCAUCUCAUCCUGAUGCUACUGGUAAAGCCCUUGGUGCUGACCCUCCUAUUGUUAAACCUGCUGGUACCUCUGGAAUACCUGGUAAAGCUGAUACUCCUCCUACUGCUACUGAUUCAUCUGACCAAACUACUGGAUAUUCUCGUACUUACCCUGUUACUGAUGAUGUUGGUAAAGCUAGUAGUAGUGCUGAAGAUGGAGUAUCAUGGGGACCAGCAUCAACAGGUUCAGUAUUACUAGGAAGAACUUUAGAAGUAGAAGAAGGAGGAAGACGAGUAAUAGCUCUACCAAGUAGAUUAGCAUCAGUAAUGCCUGAAGCCAACCCAUCUCUCGAAGCUGAUGUAGGUCCUCAACCUGAAGUUGGUAAAGUACAGGUCUCUAUUGGUGGUACCAAUGAUCAAUGGAGCCAGGUUCCAGGAGUUUCUGGUGCACUACAACUGACCACUCCUGAAGGAGCAGUUGCUCGUAUUCUAUCUCUUGAUGCUGCUCCCGCUCCUGAACCUAGAGGACUUACUGGUAAUAAUGGUAGGGACGGUGAAAAGGGUGAUGAACAAGCUGUUACUGAUGAAGUUAAAGGCACUAGCAGAGAUCCUUCCACCUCUUCUGGACCUCAAGAGAAUACUGUCUCUGAACCUAAAGAACAAACUACCGAACAAGAAAGGAAGGUUGCUCCAUAUGAUAGAGGAGAUAAUCAAGAAUAUUCUGGUAAAGGUGCUCAACAUGUACUUAAACCUGCUCCUGGUAGUAGAUAUACUGAUGGUAGAGAUGCUGGUGAAAAAGGUGAAGAAUCUACUAAAGCUGAAGCUACUGUUGGCAAUCCUGAUGAAGAGGGUGCUAGUGAAGCUGAAGAAGUUAAAACUGUAAGAGGAGCACAUAGUAAAGGCAUACCAUCUCAAGAACAAGAACUACAAAAAUCACGUUCUGAAGAAUCUGUCUCUAAAUCUGCUAAACAACCUGGACAAGAAUCUGAAGACAAAGUUGAGAAAAGAGAGAAAGAAGAGGAAGGCGCUAAAGCUCCUGCUCCUCCACCUCCUCAACCUGAACAACUUACUGAUCCUGUUUCUGGAGGUAUACUAUCAUGGUCGGCAUUUGGAACAUCCUCUGGUACUCUUGCCGGAGCUGGCUCUCUCACUGGACUUGGUUGGUGGGCAUUUAAACGUUCUAGAGGAGACCCCUGGGUUAGACAGAUUUGA